AUGCUCGACGAUACCACUCUAUGCAGUCUCAAAUUUGUGGCAAGCACAAAUGCUCCACGCGAGAGAGUAAAAGAAGAGCGAGCGAAGAAAGGAAGAAAGAAGAGAAACAAAGAGGGGGACUCAGUUAAACACCAUCCUGACUGCAACACCACCAUUCACUGUCGCCGUGCCAUCUCCAUAACCUUGACUGCAACACCACCACCACCUUUACCACCAUGCUGCCACAAUCUUCACCGUGGCCUCAACUCCACGGCAGCCAUUUCCACCAUUCACCAUUGCAGCCGCCUCCUCUUGUCGUCGUUGCCAAAACCAUCACGUUAA